CCGCACGGACAGCCGGGGAGCCCGCCGCCCCGCACCGGCCGGGGGCCCGCAGCCCCGGAGGGCGCGGAUGCCGCAGGGCGCGCCGCGGAGCGCCCCGGAGCAGCAGAGCCCGCAGCAGCAGCAGCAGCCGGCGAGCAGGGAGCAGCAGCAGCAGCGGCGGCGGCGGCGGCGGCGGCGGCGGAGGCGCCCGGUCCCGGCCGCGCGGAGCGGACAUGUGCAGGCUGGGCUAGGAGCCGCCGCCUGCCCCCCGCCCAGCGAUGUAUCCGGCGCCCUCCGCCUGCACUUGCCUGUGUUUACAUUUCCUGCUGCUGUGCUUCCAGGUACAGGUGCUGGCGGCUGAGGAGAACGUGGACUUCCGCAUCCACGUGGAGAACCAGACGCGGGCGCGGGACGAUGUGAGCCGGAAGCAGCUGCGGCUGUACCAGCUCUACAGCCGGACCAGCGGGAAGCACAUCCAGGUGCUGGGCCGCAGGAUCAGCGCCCGCGGCGAGGACGGGGACAAGUAUGCCCAGCUCCUAGUGGAGACGGACACGUUCGGCAGCCAGGUCCGGAUCAAGGGCAAGGAGACCGAGUUCUACCUGUGCAUGAACCGCAAGGGCAAGCUCGUGGGCAAGCCCGACGGCACCAGCAAGGAGUGCGUGUUCAUCGAGAAGGUUCUGGAGAACAACUACACAGCCCUGAUGUCGGCCAAGUACUCCGGCUGGUACGUGGGCUUCACCAAGAAGGGCCGCCCCCGCAAGGGCCCCAAGACGCGGGAAAACCAGCAGGACGUGCACUUCAUGAAGCGGUACCCCAAGGGGCAGGCGGAGCUGCAGAAGCCCUUUAAGUAUACCACAGUGACCAAGCGGUCCCGGAGGGUCCGCCCCACGCACCCCGGCUAGGCUGGCCCCGGGGGCAGCGCACCCCCCACCCUGGGCCACCCCGGCCACACUCACACUCACAGAGAACUGCCUCAGAGGAAUAUUUUUACAUGAAAAAUAAGGAAGAAGCUCUAUUUUUGUACAUUGUGUUUAAAAAAAAAAAACAGAACUAGAACUCUUGUGUGGGGGGGGCGCGAUAAGGAUCUUACGAUUGACUUGAAACCCCCCACUGACAACGCGGAGGGACCCACGCCCAGGACCGGCACUUGUCUCUCUCUAGGAACAGACAACGCCCCAGUCGCCCCCAGACGAGGGCGAGAACACGUACACGACACUCGACACUCGGAGAAACCAAAGUCCUUUUUCCCAAAGGUUCUGAAAGCAAAAACAAACAAACAAACAAAAAAACAAAAAAACAAAAACAAAAAAAGGAAAAAAAAAAAGGAAAAAAAAAAAGAGAACGAGGAAAUAGUGACAUCCUUCUUGUCCCUCCUCCAAAACCUCCCCCCUUCUCGCCCCCUUCCUCGCCCCCAACUCCAACAAAAAUCGCUGUCUGGUUUGCAGUCAUUUAUUUAUUGUCCGCUGCAAGCUGCCCCCGAGACUCGCGCAGGGGAAGCGUGCGCCCCGACUUCCGACGACAGACGCCUCGUCCAAUCACGGCGACCCUGCAUGGCUCGCGGUUCUGGCGGAUGCUGCUAAGGCCCCCCCACGACUCACGUGACCUAGUACACCAAUGAUAAGGGAAUAUUUUAAAACCAGCUAUAUUAUAUAUAUUAUAUAUAUAAGCUAUUUAUUUCACCUCUCUGUAUAUUGCAGUUUCAUGA